AACUUUUCUUGUGAUUAAUAAAAUUCUGCCUGAAGGCUUCACUACUUCACUAAAACGACAUGGUAUCAGAGCGGUGACUUUCACCCUCUUGCUUUUCUUUACUUUUCUUGAGAUUACAACUUGUCUCGUCGGAAAACGAUGGUUGUGUGUUAACUUCUUGAGCAUAAAACAACUUUCUUCUACUAACUUCAACCUCUACACUAUAUUUUCACUAGCUAGUUCAUAAGUCGAUAGGGCAAACAAAUUGCCGUUAACUAAUAAUGGAAUUGGUAUUGUAGUUAUUCCAAGUUGACAAAAGAUACAUGGCUGAGUCACGAGUGGCAGAACUAGGGAAAUGAAGACAAGUGUGUGGUUGGCUUGUCUAAUCGUUUUGUCUAAUUGCCACAUCCCAUCUCAAGUCUACUGCAUACGUACGUCCAAGUUUAUUCAAAGCAAUGUACGUACUCUACAUGUAUUUUCCCAACAAGCACGUUACAUUUUAUACGUAUUGAUUUCAUCACAUGAUAAGCUUAAUUAAUUGAUCAAUUCGAAGGCGUUCUUCCCCUGUUUCCUUAAGAAGAAGAAGAAGAAGAAGAAGAAGAAGAAGAAGAAGGCACAUGGGAAUGGGGAAAACAAGCGUCGGCAGUCGGCAACCAUAAAAGAAAAGAAAGGCCUCCCCCAUGUAAGGACAAGUUGUUACAACUUAAGAGGCUCUUUCAACCAACUCUCGACUCGAGUGAGUUCCCAUUCAAUUGCAUGGAUUUCAGAGCUACGCAUUUACACUUGUCAACUACUGUUUGCUUAUCAAAGAUCAAAUGCUAGGCCAAUGGAGUUCAUUUGGAUUGACUUGCAACUUGUAAUAAUGUGGAUAAGAUUUUUAUAUAUGACCCGCCCAAUCACUUGAGUUAUUGGGAUCAGUUAGUUUAUGAUAUGGUAUCGGAGCUGGUUUGUUAUUGAGGUCACGUGUUCAAGUUCUCACGACUUCUAAUAAUAAUCGUUGUCUUCAAGCACAUGAUAUGACGGGUCUAAGCAAAGUUAAGUCCAUGCAUUGGCUUUCGUUUGAGGGGGCGUGUAAGGAAGUGGUUAAGAUUCAUGCAUGGGCCUCUCUCAACAACCCGAGUUAUUGAAACCAGUUGGUUUAUAACAAACAUGUGAAAUGACAACAUUCAUUACACUCAAGUCCAAAUACAAAGUUUAGAUGCAACUUGUAAGAAUAAUUACUCAUCUAUCAUAUUGAUUUUCUAUAUAGUAUCAUCCCAUCACACAUGUUAUUUUAACACUCCAAAAUUCACCUACCAUAGUCAAUAUUCUGCAGAUCCUGCUACAUUUUCUUAUACUGAAAAAUAUACCAUGAAUCAUUCUAACCAUGGAGAACUACGGCUCAACCUCCUUCAAUCAUACAAUAGUACAAACCAAGUAGGCGUCACCAUACAUUGGUUUGCUAGUACAUAUAUAUACUCCUUCCCUAACCAUUUUCCCCACUAUGAAUGAGAUCCUCCAACAAAUCCUGACUCACAGCAUUUCAAGUGCCUUCCUUUAACUCUCUCUCUCUUCCUUCUUCCUAUCUCUUCAAUCCCAACUCCCUUUCCCCUCCGGCAGCCAUGGGAGGAGAACAAAAGCUGACGACAAUGGUGAUCAAGGUCGAUCUGGACUGCAACAAGUGCCGCAAGAAGAUCAAGAAAGUCCUCUGCAGGAUCCCUCAGAUUCAGAAUCAAGUGUACGACGAUAAGGCCAACCUGGUGAUUAUCUCGGUGCUGUGCUGCAGCCCGGAGAAAGUGAUGGACAAGAUUGCCUGCAAAGGCGGCGAGUCGGUGAAGGGAAUCGAGAUCGUCAAACCCCCGCCGCCGAAGCCAAAAGAGCCGGAAAAACCCAAGGAGAAGCCCAAGGAGGCAGAGAAACCCAAGGAGAAGCCGGCGGGGCCUCCACCGGCGGCGAAGCCAGCUCCGGCGCCUGAGAAGCCCAAGGAUAGCAAUGAUAAGCCUCCCAAGACGGUGGCUUUCGUCGAGCCGGAGAAACCCAAACAGCCUCAACCAGCUCCGCAGCCGAAACCGGCCCCUCCGCCGCAGACCGACCAGAUUCCGAUCGGUAUGCCGACGCCGACGGCGAACCCAAUGCGUUACUGCUGCAGGGAGUGCUACGAAGGGUACGGGUCGUGCUACAGCAUGCCGCCGUGCUACGAGGGGUACGGCCGGCCGGUGUACGACAGCUGGGGCGGCGGCGGCGGGUACAGGGGAGGAGGGUACUACGCCAGCAGAGGGGAGUGCUUUAGCGACGACAAUCCGUCGGGCUGCGUCGUCAUGUAAAGACUAAACAGAGACCGUCGGUGGCGAGGACGGUGCCGGGGACGGCGGCGUUUUGGGUGGCUGUGCGCGCGCUCGUCAGCCACGUGGCAUGAUUGGGUGCGCACAUGGGAUGGCAGUGGGACUUCGUUCGAUUUUCGCUCUUUCUCGAUCCCUCCUUUUUUCUUUUUUUCAAUUUUAUGUUUCUGGGGAAAAAUAUAUAUGUAGACUGUAGAGAUAUAUAAAGAGAAUUGGUGACAAAAGAUGGAGAAAUAUUUCGGGUUUGGGGGAAUUAGUUGUUGUUUAAUACUUAGGAAAAAUGAGAAUAAGAGGUUGACAAAUUUUAAUGAAAUGGAUUUUGGAAAUAAAAAGGGUACUUUUAUAAAAAUUGAUUGGCUAUUGGUUCAUCUUAAUUUACUUUUUAGCAUUUUUGUUGUUGUUGGAGGUUUCUUUCUUUUGUGGUGGUAUGUGGUGUAACCAAUUACUCAUCUACAUUGAUAUAUAUAUGUGGCUGUGUGGAUAUGUAGGUUAGACAACAAUAGUAUCAUUAGGUUGAAAGAGAUCCAUGAACCUUCAAAAUCUACAAUAAAUAGCACUAAUUUGGUCAGGAGUGGGCAAAGAUUUGAACCAUUUUUUUAAAGGGUUCUACUUCUAGCCAUGUGUAGUUGGAUCAUCAAAAUUUAAAUACAUUUUGUUUUUAUGUCAAAAGUCUGAAAAAGAUAGGUUGUUUUAGAUUGUCUUUUGAUAAAAUGUAAUGUAAGUCGACUACUGUCUUUUUCCAUUAAACCUCGAAUCCAACUCAUACGGAUUCGCAUCAAAUUUUAUUGUUCAAUUCUUAGUCAAAUAGCCAAGAAGUAAAAUGUUGCAGAACUACAUCACCAGAAAUAAUGGAAACUGCAGAAUUCAUCAAUUAAUUAACCCAAUAUCUCAUAUUAUACUCAGAAGACAAUAUAACAAGAAAUAUUCAAAAUUGAAUGUGAAAUUCUUAUGAAAAUCACAAUUAAAUUAAACAUCGAUGUGACAAGAACUUGAUAUCAACUUAGUUCCGGUUUGAUCUCUUACUAGGUAGCAUGCACCAUGAAAACAAACCACCUAGUGAUGUUUGUGUGACCUAAUCUAUAUACACAGAGUGGUACAUAGGUUAGGCUAACCUUGUAGAUAGAGUAAAAUACCUAAUUUGAUGAUGAAGAUGAAUAAAUUUGAGAUGUUUGGUUAACCUUGUCUAUGGGGAAAAUAUAUUUGGGGUAAUUAGGUAUAUUAUACAUAACCACCAAACAAAACUAGACUGAUGAUUAAGCAAAAUAAGCAGUUUUCUCCAAGCAUACAUUAACCAAAACUUUCGUAGGUAUAGCUAAAGCAAAUUCUUUACUAACUUCUUUUUCAGGCACCAAAUUCAUCUACUUGAAAAUAAUUAAAAGUAUUGAUUAUA